UAUAAACCAAAGCUCUGCAGUGGAAUGAGCACAGUUCGAAGACAGCGUUCUUAAGAGCGACAUAAAGUGUAAUCAAAGCAAACGAAACAACCCAAACCACCUCGAAGGAUAUUGCCUAACCUGCAGUUGAAUAUUGAAUUCGUAUUACUUGUUUCAUAAAUUAACCGCCUUCCUCUGAAACAAUGGCAAAGCACCAAAAAGCUUUACUCUUCGCGCUCGCGCUUUUCUGCCAUCUAAUGCUGCAACUCCAAGCUUCGCCGCUGCUUGGCACAGCCACCUACUAUGAUGACGAUGAUGAUGAUACGGAGGUACUGGAAAUCGAUUUGAAUAGCAUUGAUGAACUUGGCGAAGAACCGAAAGACGUAAUCGAUUUGAGUUUCUAUGGCAACGCGCUGUAUGGCACACCCGACAAUGAAGUGACAGCACAAUUGGUGGCUAACUACACAGCCGAAGAGUCACCGGUUAAUCCGGAGGAGCUGGGUUCCUAUCUGGAGGGCGACAUACUUGUGCCCAUUGGCAAGGUGUCUACCAGAAAUGGCAUUACCACACCCAGUUCACGCUGGCCUAACGGUGUGGUGCCAUACGAAAUACGCGGUAAUUUCAAUGCACGCGACAUGUCCACCAUCGAGCAUGCGAUGGAGGAGUAUCAUCGUCGUACUUGCAUACGUUUUGUAAGGCGUAGCAGUGAAAGUGAUUACAUUUCAAUUGUGAGUGGCAAUUCGGGUUGUUGGUCAUCGGUUGGGCGUGUAGGCGGUAAGCAAGAAGUGAAUCUGCAAUCACCCGGCUGUCUCACCAAACCCGGCACUGCAAUGCAUGAGCUCAUGCAUGCGCUGGGUUUCCUACACGAACAGAACCGACAGGAACGUGACUCAUAUGUGGAUAUAAUGAUGGAGAAUGUGCAACCAUCGGCGGUGUCGAACUUCGAGAAGGCUCAACAGACCGUUGCUUUUGGUGUACCCUACGAUUAUGGCAGUGUGAUGCAUUAUUCGGCGAAUGCUUUCUCGCGUAACGGUCGUCCGACCAUCGUAGCUGUGCAACCGGGUGGCAGUCAACGUAUGGGUCAACGUGAAGGCUUCUCAACUUACGACAUUGAAAAGCUGAAUAAAAUGUACAACUGCAAUGGACCAGCUAUUGGUGGUGGUGGAUUUGGUGUUGGUGGUAAUGGUAUGGGCGCCAUUCCGCCAGCUCCAGCACCUGUUGCAGUGCCGGCACCAGCUCCGGUUCCCGCGCAGCCAGCUCCAGGUGGAAAUCCAAAUUUGAUCGGCAGUUUUCUUGGUGGUCUUAUUAGCGGUUUGGGACUAGGCGAAGAGCUCAACCAGGCUGAUCUGACAACGGAGACAAAUAAUGAGAUUUAAAAGGAUAAAUUGCAACGAAUCAAGCGAUGAAGACGGAAACACACCCCAACGAAAGCAUAAGUUACAUACAAUUAGCUCAAUGAUCAUUACUCUAGUUUAAAAACUCGAAUUUCUAACUCACUCAGUAUUAUAAUAUAUUUAAGAGAUUACAAAUAAAGCGAAAAUUAUAUAUUUAAAAAA